GCCCCGCCCCUCGCUCCCAGCAUGCUGUGCGGCAGCGGCAGCGCGGCGGGCGGAGCCGGGAGGUGGGGUAACCGUGGCUGUGUGAGCGGCGUCGCCACCGCCUCCUCCUCGCUGUUCUCCUCCUCCUGCGCCCCGGCGUCGCGGGCCGCGUACGGCCCUGUAAGAGACGUCGCCUCCCCUUCCUCCGCCUCCCUCUCACCGCGCCGCUCCCGCUUCCCAGUCCUGCGCUGCGGGCUCAGGCGGAACCCGGAACGGCCGUCCGCCUCCCCCGCCCUCCGCCGCCUCCUCCUCCUGCUCGGCUUCCUCCUCAGCCCCGGGCCGGAGCGAAGUGUCGGCGGCGGCCGAUUCGGGCGGCGACUCGCGCUUCUUCGGGCGGCGGCGCUUGGCCAUGUCGUGUCGGGGAAGGUAAUGAGCCGCAGAGCCCCGGGGUCUCGGCUGAGCAGCGGCGGCGGUGGCACCAAGUACCCGCGGAGCUGGAAUGACUGGCAACCCAGAACUGAUAGUGCAUCAGCCGACCCAGAUAAUUUAAAAUAUUCUUCAUCCAGAGAUAGGGGUGGGUCUUCCUCUUAUGGACUGCAACCUUCAAAUUCAGCUGUGGUGUCUCGGCAAAGGCACGAUGAUACCAGAAUCCACGCUGACAUACAGAAUGACGAAAAGGGUGGCUACAGUGUCAAUGGAGGAUCUGGGGAAAAUACUUAUGGUCGGAAGUCGUUGGGGCAAGAGCUGAGGGUUAACAAUGUGACCAGCCCUGAGUUCACCAGUAUUCAGCAUGGCAGUCGUGCGUUAGCCAUCAAAGACAUGAGGAAAUCACAGGAGCGAUCGAUGUCUUAUUCUGAUGAGUCUCGACUGUCGAAUCUUCUUCGGAGGAUCACUCGGGAAGACGACAGAGACCGAAGACUGGCUACUGUAAAGCAGUUGAAAGAAUUUAUUCAGCAACCAGAAAAUAAGCUGGUACUAGUUAAACAAUUGGAUAAUAUCUUGGUUGCUGUACAUGAUGUGCUUAAUGAAAGUAGCAAAUUGCUUCAGGAGUUGAGACAGGAGGGAGCUUGCUGUCUUGGCCUUCUUUGUGCUUCUCUGAGCUAUGAGGCUGAGAAGAUCUUCAAAUGGAUUUUUAGCAAAUUUAGCUCAUCUGCAAAAGAUGAAGUUAAACUCCUCUACUUAUGUGCCACCUACAAAGCACUAGAGACUGUAGGAGAAAAGAAAGCCUUUUCAUCCGUAAUGCAGCUUGUAAUGACCAGCCUGCAGUCCAUUCUUGAAAAUGUGGAUACACCAGAAUUACUUUGCAAAUGUGUUAAGUGCAUUCUUUUGGUAGCUCGAUGUUACCCUCAUAUUUUCAGCACUAAUUUUAGGGAUACAGUUGACAUAUUAGUCGGAUGGCAUAUAGAUCAUACUCAGAAACCUUCGCUUACACAGCAGGUGUCUGGGUGGUUGCAGAGUUUGGAGCCAUUCUGGGUAGCUGAUCUUGCAUUUUCUACCACUCUUCUUGGUCAGUUUCUAGAGGACAUGGAGGCAUAUGCUGAGGACCUCAGCCAUGUGGCCUCUGGGGAGUCAGUGGAUGAAGAUGUUCCACCUCCAUCCGUGUCCUUACCAAAGUUGGCAGCGCUUCUCCGGGUAUUCAGUACUGUGGUGAGGAGCAUUGGGGAACGUUUCAGCCCAAUUCGGGGUCCUCCAAUUACUGAGGCAUACGUAACAGAUGUUCUGUACAGAGUAAUGAGAUGUGUGACGGCUGCAAACCAGGUGUUUUUUUCUGAGGCUGUGUUGACAGCUGCUAAUGAGUGUGUUGGUGUUUUGCUCGGCAGCUUGGAUCCUAGCAUGACUAUACAUUGUGACAUGGUUAUUACAUAUGGAUUAGAUCAACUGGAGAAUUGCCAGACUUCUGGUACAGAUUAUAUCAUCUCAGUCUUGAAUUUACUCACAUUGAUUGUUGAACAGAUAAAUACAAAACUGCCAUCAUCAUUUGUAGAAAAACUAUUUAUACCAUCAUCUAAACUACUGUUUUUGCGUUAUCAUAAAGAAAAAGAGGUUGUUGCUGUAGCCCAUGCUGUUUAUCAGGCAGUGCUCGGCCUGAAGAAUAUUCCUGUUCUGGAGACUGCCUAUAAAUUAAUUUUGGGAGAAAUGACUUGUGCCCUAAACAACCUGUUACAUAGUCUGCAGCUUCCUGAUGCCUGUUCCGAAAUAAAACAUGAGGCUUUUAAGAAUCAUGCAUUCAAUGUAGACAAUGCAAAAUUUGUAGUUAUAUUUGACCUCAGUGCUCUGACUACAAUUGGAAAUGCUAAAAACUCACUGAUUGGGAUGUGGGCGCUGUCUCCAACUGUCUUUGCACUCCUUAGUAAGAAUCUGAUGAUUGUGCAUGGCGACCUGGCUGUUCACUUCCCUGCCAUUCAGUACGCAGUGCUCUACACAUUGUAUUCUCACUGUACCAGGCAUGACCACUUUAUAUCUAGUAGUCUUAGUUCCUCGUCCCCAUCCUUGUUUGAUGGAGCGGUGAUUAGUACUGUAACUACAGCUACAAAAAAACAUUUCUCAAUUAUAUUAAAUCUCCUGGGAAUAUUGCUUAAGAAAGAUAAUCUUAACCAGGACACAAGGAAACUAUUAAUGACCUGGGCUUUGGAAGUGGCUGUUUUAAUGAGGAAGUCUGAAACAUAUGCACCUUUAUUCUCUCUUCCAUCUUUCCAUAAAUUUUGCAAAGGCCUUUUAGCCAACACUCUUGUCGAAGAUGUGAAUAUCUGUCUACAAGCAUGCAGCAGUCUACAUGCUUUGUCCUCUUCCUUACCAGACGAUCUUUUACAGAGGUGUGUUGAUGUUUGCCGUGUUCAACUAGUCCAUAGUGGAACUCGUAUUCGGCAAGCAUUUGGAAAGCUAUUGAAGUCAAUUCCUUUAGAUGUUGUCUUGAGCAAUAACAACCACACAGAAAUUCAAGAAAUUUCUUUAGCAUUAAGAAGUCACAUGAGUAAAGCACCAAGUAACACAUUCCACCCACAAGAUUUCUCUGAUGUUAUUAGUUUUAUUUUGUAUGGGAACUCUCAUAGAACAGGGAAGGACAAUUGGUUAGAAAGAUUGUUCUAUAGCUGCCAGAGACUGGAUAAACGUGACCAAUCAACAAUUCCCCGCAAUCUACUAAAGACAGAUGCUGUCCUUUGGCAGUGGGCUAUUUGGGAAGCAGCACAGUUCACUGUCCUUUCUAAGUUGAGAACCCCACUGGGCAGAGCUCAGGAUACCUUCCAGACAAUUGAAGGUAUCAUUAGAAGUCUUGCAGCUCACACAUUAAACCCCGAUCAAGAUGUUAGUCAGUGGACAACUGCAGACAAUGAUGAAGGCCACAGUAGCAACCAGCUUAGACUUGUGCUUCUUCUUCAGUAUCUGGAAAACCUGGAGAAGUUAAUGUAUAAUGCAUAUGAGGGAUGCGCCAAUGCAUUAACAUCACCUCCCAAGGUCAUUAGGACUUUUUUCUAUACCAAUCGCCAAACUUGUCAAGACUGGCUGACUCGGAUCCGACUCUCCAUCAUGAGGGUUGGAUUGUUGGCAGGACAGCCUGCUGUGACAGUGAGACAUGGCUUCGACUUGCUUACAGAAAUGAAGACAAAUUCAUCUCAGGGGAAUGAAUUGGAAGUAACUAUCAUGAUGGUGGUAGAAGCACUGUGUGAACUUCAUUGUCCUGAAGCUAUACAGGGAAUUGCUGCCUGGUCAUCUUCGGUCGUCGGAAAAAAUCUUCUCUGGAUUAAUUCAGUGGCCCAACAGGCUGAAGGGAGGUUUGAAAAGGCCUCUGUGGAGUACCAGGAGCACCUGUGUGCCAUGACAGGUGUUGAUUGCUGCAUCUCCAGCUUCGACAAAUCUGUUCUCACAUUGGCUAACGCUGGGCGUAACAGUGCCAGCCCCAAACAUUCUUUGAAUGGUGAAUCCAGAAAAACUGUGCUGUCCAAACCAACUGACUCUUCUCCUGAGGUUAUAAAUUAUUUGGGAAAUAAAGCAUGUGAGUGCUACAUUUCAAUUGCUGAUUGGGCUGCUGUACAGGAAUGGCAGAAUGCUAUCCAUGACUUGAAAAAGAGUACCAGCAGUACUUCUCUCAACCUAAAAGCUGAUUUCAACUACAUAAAAUCACUAAGCAGUUUUGAAUCUGGAGAGUUUGUUGAAUGUACUGAGCAAUUAGAAUUGUUACCAGGAGAAAAUAUCAAUCUACUUGCUGGAGGAUCAAAAGAAAAAAUAGAUAUGAAAAAACUGCUUCCUAACAUGUUAAGUCCAGAUCCAAGGGAACUUCAGAAGUCCAUUGAAGUUCAGUUGUUGAGAAGUUCUGUUUGUUUGGCAACUGCUUUAAACCACAUAGAACAAGAUCAGAAGUGGCAGUCUAUAACUGAAAAUGUGGUGAAGUACUUGAAGCAAACCUGCCGCAUAGCUAUUGGGCCACUGAGACUUUCUACUUUAACGGUUUCACAGUCUCUGCCAGUUCUAAGUACCUUACAGCUGUAUUGCUCUUCUGCUUUGGAGAACACAGUUUCUAGCAGACUUUCAACAGAGGACUGUCUUAUCCCACUCUUCAGUGAAGCUUUGCGUUCAUGUAAACAGCAUGAUGUCAGGCCGUGGAUGCAGGCAUUAAGAUAUACCAUGUACCAGAGUCAUUUGUUGGAGAAAAUAAAAGAACAAACAGUUCCAAUUAGAAGCCAUCUCAUGGAAUUAGGUCUAACAGCAGCAAAAUUUGCUAGAAAACGGGGGAAUGUGUCACUUGCAACAAGACUGCUGGCACAGUGUAGUGAGGUUCAGCUGGGAAAGACCACCACUGCACAGGAUUUGGUCCAGCAUUUUAAAAAACUAUCAAUUCAAGGUCAAAUGGAUGAAAAAUGGGGGCCUGAACUUGACAUUGAAAAAACCAAAUUGCUAUAUACAGCAGGCCAGUCAACACACGCAAUGGAGAUGUUGAGUUCCUGCGCCAUAUCUUUCUGCAAGUCUGCCAAGGCUGAACAUGCUGUUGCCAAGUCAAUUCUGACAUUGGCUAAAUGGAUCCAGGCAGAAUGGAAGGAAAUUUCAGGGCAGCUGAAACAGGUUUACAGAGCUCAGCAGCAGCAGAACUUGACAGGUCUUUCUACUUUAUCUAAAAACAUACUCACUCUAAUUGAACUACCAUCUGUUAAUACAAUGGAAGAAGAGUAUCCUCGGAUUGAGAGCGAAUCUACAGUACAUAUUGGAGUUGGAGAACCUGACUUCAUUUUGGGACAGUUGUAUCACCUAUCUUCAGUACAGGCGCCUGAAGUAGCCAAAUCUUGGGCAGCGUUGGCUAGUUGGGCUUACAGGUGGGGCAGAAAGGUGGUUGACAAUGCUAGUCAGGGAGAAGGUGUUCGUCUGCUGCCUAGAGAAAAAUCUGAAGUUCAGAAUCUGCUCCCAGACACUAUAACCGAAGAAGAAAAAGAGAGAAUAUAUGGUAUUCUUGGUCAGGCUGUUUGUCGGCCAGCAGGGAUUCAGGAUGAAGAUAUAACACUUCAGAUAACAGAAAGUGAAGAUAAUGAGGAAGAUGACAUGGUUGAUGUUAUCUGGCGUCAGUUAAUAUCAAGCUGCCCAUGGCUUUCAGAACUUGAUGAAAGUGCAACAGAAGGAGUUAUUAAAGUGUGGAGGAAAGUUGUAGAUAGAAUCUUCAGCCUGUACAAACUAUCUUGCAGUGCAUAUUUUACUUUCCUUAAACUCAAUGCUGGUCAGAUUCCUUUAGAUGAAGAUGACCCUCGGCUACAUUUAAGUCACAGAGCAGAGCAGAGCACGGAUGACGUGAUUGUGAUGGCCACAUUGCGAUUGCUCAGAUUGCUUGUGAAGCAUGCUGGAGAGCUUAGGCAGUAUCUGGAACAUGGCUUGGAAACAACACCUACUGCGCCAUGGAGAGGAAUUAUUCCACAACUUUUCUCACGCUUAAACCACCCUGAAGUGUAUGUGCGCCAAAGUAUUUGUAACCUUCUCUGCCGUGUGGCUCAAGAUUCCCCACAUCUCAUAUUGUAUCCUGCAAUAGUGGGCACCAUAUCGCUUAGUAGUGAAUCACAGGCUUCAGGAAAUAAAUUUUCCUCUGCAAUUCCAACUUUACUUGGCAAUAUUCAAGGAGAAGAAUUGCUGGUUUCUGAAUGUGAGGGAGGAAGUCCUCCUGCUUCUCAAGAUAGCAAUAAGGAUGAGCCUAAAAGUGGAUUGAAUGAAGACCAAGCCAUGAUGCAGGAUUGCUACAGCAAAAUUGUAGAUAAACUGUCCUCUGCAAACCCAACUAUGGUGUUACAGGUUCAGAUGCUCGUGGCUGAGCUGCGCAGGGUCACUGUUCUCUGGGAUGAGCUCUGGUUGGGAGUUCUGUUACAGCAACACAUGUAUGUCCUGAGACGAAUUCAGCAGCUGGAAGAUGAGGUGAAGAGAGUCCAGAACAACAAUACCUUACGCAAAGAAGAGAAAAUUGCAAUCAUGCGGGAGAAGCACACGGCUUUGAUGAAGCCCAUUGUGUUUGCUUUGGAGCAUGUGAGGAGCAUCACGGCGGCCCCUUCAGAAACGCCUCAUGAAAAGUGGUUUCAGGAUAACUACGGUGAUGCAAUAGAAAAUGCCCUAGAAAAACUGAAGACACCAUCAAACCCUGCAAAGCCUGGAAGCAGCUGGAUUCCAUUUAAAGAGAUAAUGCUGAGUUUGCAACAGAGAGCACAGAAACGUGCAAGUUACAUCUUGCGUCUUGAAGAAAUCAGCCCGUGGCUGGCUGCCAUGACUAACACUGAAAUUGCUCUUCCUGGAGAAGUCUCAGCCAGAGACACUGUCACAAUCCACAGUGUGGGUGGAACCAUCACAAUCUUACCUACCAAAACCAAGCCAAAGAAACUUCUCUUUCUCGGAUCAGAUGGGAAGAGCUAUCCUUAUCUUUUUAAAGGAUUGGAGGAUUUACAUCUGGAUGAGAGAAUAAUGCAAUUUCUGUCUAUUGUAAAUACUAUGUUUGCUACAAUCAAUCGCCAGGAAACACCCCGUUUCCAUGCUCGACACUAUUCUGUAACACCACUAGGAACUCGAUCAGGCCUAAUCCAGUGGGUGGAUGGAGCCACACCCUUAUUUGGUCUUUACAAACGAUGGCAACAACGGGAAGCUGCCUUACAAGCACAAAAGGCCCAAGAUUCCUACCAAACUCCUCAGAAUCCUGGAAUUGUACCCCGUCCUAGUGAACUUUAUUAUAGUAAAAUUAGUCCUGCUUUGAAAGCAGUUGGACUUAGUCUGGAUGUGUCCCGACGGGAUUGGCCUCUUCAUGUGAUGAAGGCAGUAUUAGAAGAGUUAAUGGAGGCCACGCCCCCAAAUCUCCUUGCUAAAGAGCUUUGGUCAUCUUGCACCACCCCUGAUGAAUGGUGGAGAGUCACACAGUCUUAUGCCAGAUCUACUGCAGUCAUGUCUAUGGUCGGAUACAUAAUUGGCCUUGGAGAUAGACAUCUGGAUAAUGUUCUCAUAGAUAUGACGACUGGAGAGGUUGUUCACAUAGAUUACAAUGUUUGCUUUGAAAAAGGUAAAAGCCUUAGAGUUCCUGAGAAAGUACCUUUUCGAAUGACACAGAACAUUGAAACAGCACUGGGUGUAACUGGAGUAGAAGGUGUUUUUAGGCUUUCAUGUGAGCAGGUUCUACACAUUAUGCGGCGUGGCAGAGAGACUCUGCUGACGCUGCUAGAGGCCUUUGUGUAUGACCCCCUGGUGGACUGGACAGCUGGGGGUGAGGCCGGGUUUGCUGGUGCCGUCUAUGGUGGAGGGGGCCAGCAGGCCGAGAGCAAGCAGAGCAAGAGAGAGAUGGAACGAGAGAUCACUCGCAGCCUUUUUUCUUCGAGAGUAGCCGAAAUUAAGGUGAACUGGUUUAAGAAUAGGGAUGAGAUGCUGGUUGUACUUCCCAAGCUGGACAGCAGUUUAGAUGAAUACUUGAACUUGCAAGAGCAACUAACAGAUGUGGAAAAACUGCAGGGCAAACUGUUGGAAGAAAUAGAGUUUCUAGAAGGAGCUGAAGGAGUGGAUCAUCCUUCUCAUACUCUGCAACACAGGUAUUCUGAACACACUCAACUACAGACUCAGCAAAGAGCUGUUCAGGAAGCAAUCCAGGUGAAGCUGAAUGAAUUUGAACAGUGGAUAACACAUUAUCAGGCUGCAUUCAAUAAUUUAGAAGCAACACAGCUGGCAAGUUUGCUUCAGGAGAUAAGCACACAAAUGGACCUUGGUCCUCCAAGCUAUGUGCCAGCAACAGCCUUUCUGCAGAAUGCUGGCCAGGCCCACUUGAUUAGCCAGUGUGAGCAGCUGGAGGGGGAAGUCGGUACCCUCCUGCAGCAGAGGCGCUCGGUGCUGCGAGGCUGUCUGGAGCAGCUGCAUCACUAUGCAACCGUAGCUCUGCAGUAUCCGAAGGCUAUAUUUCAGAAACAUCGAAUUGAGCAGUGGAAAACCUGGAUGGAAGAGCUCAUCUGUAACACCACAGUAGAGCGCUGUCAGGAACUCUACAGGAAAUAUGAAGUGCAAUAUGCGCCCCAGCCACCCCCAACAGUGUGUCAGUUCAUCACUGCCACUGAGAUGACCCUGCAGCGGUACGCAACAGACAUAAACAGCCGUCUUAUUAGACAGGUGGAACGCUUGAAACAGGAAGCUGUCACCGUACCUGUUUGUGAAGAUCAGUUGAAAGAAAUUGAACGUUGUAUCAAAGUUUUCCUUCACGAGAAUGGAGAGGAAGGAUCUUUGAGUCUAGCAAGUGUUAUUAUUUCUGCCCUGUGUACCCUCACAAGACGUAACCUAAUGAUGGAAGGUGCAGCUUCGAGUGCUGGAGAGCAGCUGGUUGAUCUGACUUCUCGGGAUGGAGCCUGGUUCUUGGAGGAGCUCUGCAGUAUGAGUGGAAAUGUCACAUGCCUUGUUCAGUUACUGAAGCAGUGUCACCUAGUGCCACAAGACUUAGACAUUCCUAACCCCAUGGAAGCAUCUGAGGCAGUUCACUUAGCUAAUGGUGUAUACACCUCACUUCAGGAAUUAAAUUCAAAUUUCCGGCAAAUCAUAUUUCCAGAAGCACUGAGAUGUUUAAUGAAAGGAGAAUACACACUAGAAAGUAUGCUUCAUGAACUGGACAGUCUUAUUGAGCAGACAACUGAUGGUGUUCCUCUGCAGACUCUAGUUGAAUCUCUUCAAGCCUAUUUAAGAAAUGCAGCUAUGGGACUUGAGGAAGAAACACAUGCUCAUUACAUCGAUGUUGCCAGAAUACUUCACGCUCAAUAUGGUGAAUUAAUCCAACCAAGAAAUGGUUCAGUUGAUGAAACACCAAAAAUGUCAGCUGGCCAGAUGCUUUUGGUAGCAUUUGAUGGCAUGUUUGCCCAAGUUGAGACUGCUUUUGGCUUAUUAGUUGAAAAGCUAAAUAAGAUGGAAAUUCCUAUAGCUUGGCGAAAGAUUGACAUUAUAAGGGAAGCCAGGAGCACCCAAGUCAAUUUUUUUGAUGAUGAUAAUCACCGACAGGUGCUGGAAGAGAUUUUCUUUCUAAAAAGACUACAGACAAUUAAGGAGUUCUUCAGGCUCUGUGGUACCUUUUCUAAAACUUUGUCAGGAUCAAGUUCACUUGAAGAUCAGAAUACUGUAAAUGGGCCUGUACAGAUUGUCAAUGUGAAAACCCUUUUUAGAAACUCUUGUUUCAGUGAAGACCAGAUGGCCAAACCGAUAAAAGCAUUCACGGCUGACUUUGUGCGGCAGCUCCUGAUUGGACUCCCGAACCAAGCCUUGGGCCUCACGCUGUGCAGCUUCAUCAGUGCUCUAGGGGUAGACAUUAUUGCUCAAGUGGAGGCAAAGGAUUUUGGUGCUGAAAGCAAAGUUUCAGUUGAUGAUCUGUGUAAAAAAGCAGUGGAGCACAACAUCCAGAUCGGGAAGUUCUCUCAGCUGGUCAUGAACAGGGCGACUGUGCUGGCGAGCUCCUACGACACUGCCUGGAAGAAGCACGACUUGGUGCGCAGGCUGGAGACCAGCAUCUCCUCCUGUAAGACAAGCCUACAGCGCGUUCAGUUGCAUAUCGCCAUGUUUCAAUGGCAGCAUGAAGAUCUCCUUAUCAACAGACCACAAGCCAUGUCGGUCACUCCUCCCCCUCGUUCUGCCAUCUUAACCAGCAUGAAGAAGAAACUCCAUACUCUGAGCCAGAUUGAAACUUCAAUUGCAACAGUUCAGGAGAAACUGGCAGCACUUGAAGCAAGUAUUGAACAGCGACUCAAGUGGGCAGGUGGUGCCAACCCUGCACUGACACCUGUACUACAAGAUUUUGAAGCAACAAUAGCUGAAAGAAGAAAUCUUGUCCUUAAAGAGAGCCAAAGAGCAAGUCAGGUCACUUUCCUCUGCAGCAAUAUCAUUCAUUUUGAAAGUUUACGAACUAGAACUGCAGAAGCCUUAAACCUGGAUGCCUCAUUAUUUGAACUAAUCAAACGGUGUCAGCAAAUGUGUUCAUUUGCAUCACAGUUUAACAGUUCGGUCUCUGAGUUAGAGCUUCGUUUAUUAAAAAGAGUGGACACGAGUCUUGAACAUCCUAUUGGCAGCUCUGAAUGGCUUUUGUCAGCACACAAACAACUGACCCAGGAUAUGUCUACUCAGAGAUCAGUUCAGACAGAGAAAGAGCAACAGAUAGAAACGGUCUGUGAAACAAUUCAGAAUCUGGUUGAUAAUAUAAAGACUGUGCUCACUGGUCAUAACCGGCAGCUUGGAGAUGUCAAACAUCUCCUGAAAGCAAUGGCCAAGGAUGAAGAAGCUGCUCUGGCAGAUGGUGAAGAUGUUCCCUAUGAGAACAGUGUUAGGCAGUUCUUGGGUGAAUAUAAAUCAUGGCAAGACAACAUUCAGACAGUGCUGUUUACAUUAGUCCAAGCUAUGGGUCAGGUUCGAAGUCAAGAACAUGUUGAAAUGCUCCAGGAAAUAACUCCCACCUUGAAAGAACUGAAAACACAAAGUCAGAGUGUCUAUAAUAAUUUAGUGAGUUUUGCAUCACCCUUAGUCACCGAUGCAACAAAUGAAUGUUCGAGUCCAACGUCAUCUGCUACUUAUCAGCCAUCCUUUGCUGCAGCAGUCCGGAGCAACACUGGCCAGAAGACUCAGCCUGAUGUCAUGUCACAGAAUGCUAGAAAGCUGGUUCAGAAAAAUCUAGCUACAUCAGCAGAUACUCCACCAAGUACUGUUCCAGGAACUGGCAAGAGUGUUGCUUGUAGUCCUAAAAAGGCUGUCAGAGACCCUAAAACUGGAAAAGCUGUGCAGGAGAGAAACUCAUAUGCAGUGAGCGUGUGGAAGAGAGUGAAAGCCAAGUUAGAGGGCCGAGAUGUUGAUCCGAAUAGGAGGAUGUCAGUUGCUGAACAGGUUGACUAUGUCAUUAAGGAAGCAACUAAUCUAGAUAACUUGGCUCAGCUGUAUGAAGGUUGGACAGCCUGGGUAUGAAUGGCAAGACAGUAGAUGAGUCUGGUUAAGCGAGGUCAGACAUCCACCAGAAUCAACUCAGCCUCAGGCAUCCAAAGCCACACCACAGUCGGUGGUGAUGCAACUGGGGGCUUAUUCUGAGGAAACCUAGGAAAUCUCGGUGCGCUAGGAAGUGAAUCCUGCAGGACAGCUGCACUCAGGGAUACGCCCAACACCAUGGCCUGCAACCCCAAGGUCAAGGGUGAAAGAAAGAAAGCUCACCGCCUGAACACGGAGAUUGUCUUUCUGCCACAGAACAGCUGCAAACGUGUCAGGAGGUUAGCUGCAGAAAGAAAUCGGGAUGCCGCGGAGCACAGAGUGAUUUGGAACUCCAUUCCACCUGACCCUGUGUGUACAAUCCAGGAAAAAUCAAACCCCGCUCAGAAACAGAGAAAACUGGGGCCGCGACGCAGCCAAGGAAGAUUUGAUGCAUUCAGAUUCUUGCAUAACACUUGUUGCUUGGCAACAGUACUGGUUGGGUUGACCAGUAAGUACAAAAAGGCUAUGCGAUAUGAAUUUCAGAAAUGGACUGAAGAAGGAGAGCUAUGUAACAGAUAACACUACAUUGGAAGAACUUCUGAAAUGAAGGGAAAAAACCCCACCCCAUCCUCCUCCUCCCCAACCCCCACCCUCUGCCCAUCCCCCUUUACUUGAUCUAGUAGAUUAGCCAUCUUUCACAUUCACUUUUAUUUCAAUCCUUAUAUUACAUAUUCUUCCAUCUCAAUGCUGUUAACAACUUAUCUUUGGAGUGAUAAACAGAAAUUUUUCCAAAACCACCAAUAACGUGGAAAAUGCAAGGAUUGUUUAAAGGUCUGGUGAUCACAUACAAAAUGUAAUUCUGUUUAUUUAAGUCAUUUCUGUGAUUCUAUCAUGUACAGUUUCCAGAAUUGUCACUGUGCAUUCAAAAGUAAUGAAUCUAACAGACAUUUGAUUUAAUGUACACUCCCCUUCACUUAUAGUGUACAUUUUUGGGAGGUCAUUCAAAUUUUCCCUCUUCUGUGAUUGCUGUAGUUUCUUUCAUAGAAAGAAAGUAGCUAAUCCAAUGUAAUCUUUUACCUUUUUAAAAACCAGGAUAGAGUACCUAUUAGAGUUUUACAUUGUUGAUGACAGAUUAACAAUAAAGUGAUGUUCUGGUGGAGGUAGAGUGAAAUGUUUUUUUAAUUCAAUUUUCUCAUUUGAUACUUUUAAUUUACAAUUUACAAGGUGUAAAUUAAAAGUGCUUUAGUUUACCUGGCAUUUUAGGACAUAUACAUGAAACAUCAGCAAAAGUGAGAACCACCAACAUCUUUUAUUAAGUUCAGUUAUUAGUGUGUGAAGUACUUUACUUUUUCCACAAUUUUAAGUUUCCUUUUCAGUAGUGAAUUCAUGAUCAAGGUUUCCUUAAAUUUAGCAUUGCAUUUCAGUACUGACUGUGUAAGCUCAGUUGUUGAUCCAAAAUAAAAAUCCAGACGAGAAUAGGAUUCCUAAAGUCACGUAUCAGCACAAAGUAGCACAUGAUUAAAAUCUUGAUUGAGUACAUUUUUCCUGCAUUUUAGAGAUUAGCACUGUGAUCACUUUCUAGUUGCCUGUCUUCACAGACAAACUUGAAAGGUAUUAAGGAAAAAUUCCACAUAGCUCUGGCCUUCCCUGUAUUCUCAUUGCCACGUUAAUAUAUAAUCUUUAAAUACUCAUGGGAGAAUGCAUUUCAGUAUCAGUGCUCUUCUAAUACUUUGACAGGUAUUACAAGAAAGGUGGUAUCUUUGAAUACCCCCAUGUGUCUAAUAGCAAGUUAAGGAACCUAGUGUAUCAAAUUUUAUUUUCUUCAUUCAUCUUGAACCUUAUUUUCACAAUCAAAACAACCUAUCUGGAAUAAUAAUGCCAUAUUGUGUUUUGCACACUGCUUUAUUUCCUAGAGGCUAUUGCACUCAUCACUUGAUUACCUCUACUCUCUCUCAAGAUUAAACAGUCUUUCAACAACAUUCUUUGUCACAAGGAAAAACUUUUAUCACAGUGAUAAAACCACUUCACACUAGUUUGUCCCUAUAGGUAGUAUUCAGAGAUUGCUUCUUCUUUGGUAAAGAAGAUAAAUGAAAUAGGUUAAUUUUACUGCCUGUGAAUUUCAGGCUUCAGCGGUACCUGGCACCUUAUCCUAGCGAAAACAAAACAGCUUUACAUAAAAAACGUGUCUCUGCUAAAUUGUCCAUCACUUUUACUUUAAAAUGGUCCCUCAGAGAAUAGUGUGGCAUAUACAUAUUUGGUUGUAGGGAAGAUAGGAAUAACUGGUGACUUCAAAGCUUGCUCUUCACCGCACUCUGGACAACAAGACCCCCAGUCUGUACAGUUUGGCUUCUUUUGGGAAGUCAUUUGGCAAGUAGCCUUAUCAUUUUGACCUGUUUUAAGAGAACUCAACAGUCAGAUUUAAUCAGAGGUAAAAGGCCUUUGUGAUACAGCAGUUUGAGAAGACAGGGCUAUAUUUUGGUGAUUAUCUUGUAACAUAAUGUAAAGUUCAGAGUGCUGUGGUUAUGAAGUCAUGCAUUUUUGAUGAUACACAAAUACCUGUGGAAAACCAGGGGUCUGCUCCUCUCUCUCCCCCUCCCUCCCUCCCUCCCUCUCCCUCCCCUUCCCCUUGCUCUUGCUCUCUCUCCCUCCCGCACCCCCUUCCUUCCCCCACCCCCCCCUCUUGUGCUCUCUCUUUUUCCCUCUCUAAGAUUCAGGGGGUACAGAAUAACUUGUGACCCUUGGAAAUUGAAGUUUAUCUUAAGUGUUUUGCUGUCUUUAAUUUUCUAGAAUUGCCUGAGUUUUAGUUGAUUUAUCUGUAAAGCUGUGGAGGCUUAGUAGUUUAUGGUGCUGUCUGUAUUUCUCUUUUAUUCUGUUUCUUUGGUGUGUCUUGCAGUAUUUCAUUAUUUCUGGUCACGAAUUCUUCACAUAGUUUGCUAGAUGAUUAUUAAGAUUCUUUUGUGUCUGACACUUGUGAGUUUUUUGAGAUAUGUGAGGUUUCUGUGUGAGAACUGAGAAUCAAGCUCUUGAUCUGCUUCCCUAAAUUGCUUUCUUAGAGCCCAAACCCCAGGUUCAGGGUGAGGGUUUACAAUGCAAAGAAAAACUUCCAUCACUUCUGCCCUUAACACUUGCCUCUAUUACCUGAACUUAGUAGGUAGUGUUCUUUAUAUUGUCCAGUGUUUGAUGUUAUCUGCAUUGUUUUUGUUUUUAACUGUGGUUGUUCUGAUGUGUGAAAUUUAAGGAAAGAGCCAUUAAAAAAUUCCAAGCAGGGCAAUGCAAGUGCAGCCAAAUAUUAGAGUUGAUGUGCAAUCUUAGGUCCUUUUAAAUUUGGGGUGAUAUAGGCAGUACUUUGAAUUGAAAAGUCUUCCUGGCCUAUUUUCCUCCACAUACUUGUGAUUACUCUGGGGGCUUACUUGUUUUGGCAGUACUAAAAUCAAAGAAGCUGGUUCUUCUUUUCUCCCAAUUCUUUUCAUAUUAAAGAAAGCAUCUACAAUUAGCCUUGUUAGCUUCUGUUCGUAUAUAUAAAAAAAAAAAUCAGUGAACGCUUUUCUGUUAGCACAUUUAAGUACCUUUGUUUUACAUAAAACCAGAUAAAUACGAAAACCAAUGACCUUCCAUUCUGUAUCUUGAGAUUGUAAAAUGAAAAAUUUAGAGCUAGGACUUUCCCCCUCCCCUUAAAUCUAGGAGGUAGACUAUGUUAAUGUAAGGGUCACUUAAAGAAGUGACAGAUUUUUUUCAUUAUUUGGGUUGUAUUAGGAAAUAUUCCUCCUAUGGGGAAGAACUAGCAUUAUAAAUUUUCCAAACACUGGGGAAGGAAAUUCACUGUAUUAUGAGCCUGGAAGGGUUUAUUGCACUUUUCCUGCUUUUUUUUUAUGCCUGGGUAAGAGUAUCACCAUCUCUUAUUUACAAAAGGGCAAAUGGACUCCAAUUGAGAGAAGCUUUAUAGGUUCAAGAGUUAGUUGUACAACAUGAACCAUUCAGUCUCUUGCUUUCCGUGGGAAUUUGGGCUUACUAGGGAAGCUGUUUGUUGUGCUAAUGUAAAAGUGUCAUACAAUUAGCUCGGCUUUUGAAGAUGAUAAACUUAAGGAAUUGAAUGUUCUGAAAUGCAGACUUGCAGAAUGUUUUUAUGUCUUUCGAGGCAGGCUUUUUUUCUUUUUUUUUUUUUGACCAAGUUUCAGCUCCUGUUUGAAGUUCCUGUGUCAGUUAUUUUUUGGUUUAAAUUUUCCUUAUAUUUCCACCUGUGAUGUCAAUGGCAACAUCACACUUCACUUGUUAAUUUACUUUACCCUUAUUAUGUAGAGCAAAUUGAGUUGAACUGAAUCUUCCUUGUUCUAGUAACAUUGUAUAAAUAGAGUGGCUUCUCUGUACAAAAGGUUGUAAUGCCUCCUGAUGGUUAUAAUUUUGUGAUUGUAUUUAAGGUUAAAAGUUGAAUAAAUCACACCAGCUUCCUGAAAGUGUUCAUAAUGCAACUUUUGGAAAACAAAAAAUACAUGGCCUACUUCGUGCAUAUUUGCAUUAACGUGGCAAAGACUGUAUGAAAUACCUGUUUCAAAAAAUAAAGUCUUAAAAGACGUA